AUGGCUGACUGCAAGCCUGUUUCUACUCCGGUGGAUUGCAACCCCAAGCUCUCUACUGAUGGGGUUCCUGUUCAAGAUGCUACUGAUUUCCGGAGUCUUGCUGGCGCCCUACAGUACCUCACUUUCACUCGGCCGGAUAUUGCUUAUGCUGUUCAGCAGAUCUAUCUGUACAUGCAUGAUCCACGGGAGCCGUAUCUCACUGCUCUCAAGCGGAUUCUCAGUUACAUCCGUGGCACAUUGCAUAUGGGUCUGGUCCUUCGGCCUUCUUCCUCAGCCAAGCAGCAGAAUACAGUCUCCAGAUCCAGCGCCAAAGCCGAGUAUCGCGCCGUCGCCAAUGCAGUUGCCGAGGCGUCCUGA